GAGAUCUUCUUGACGAGGGAAGCGAGGCGACUGAUGAUGAAUACAAAGACUACGCUAAAAGGUUCUUUAACGUGUUUCCUCCUCUCUCUACGGCGGAGAGAAUAUUUACUCCUGGAGAUAAUGAUGUAGGAGGAGAGGGUGGAGAUCUCAUCACUUUGAAGAAACUAGACAGAUUCCGUCAUAAUUUCGGGGCUAAUAAACUCUUCUAUUCACCUUGCUCUUUCCUUGAUGUAUUCCCUGUAAGCAGAUUGACAGAGCAUGGCUCGCUAAACAUAACUUCAAAGAUUGAACAUUUGACGAGGAAAAAAACAGUUGUUGUGAUAAGCCACGUGCCUGUUCUUCCCUUGAAUGGAAGGUUUGCUGAACGAGUAAUGACAGAUUUGAAUCCAGAUAUUAUAUUCUCAGCACAUGAUCAUAGGGGGUCAUUGUUCACUGGAAGUAGGAAGAGCUUAAACCAUGAGAAGAAAAUGGAAUUCUUCUCUGCUAAGAAUGAUAUCACACCAGUCAAAAUACAAACCAGACACAUGAAUUUAGAUGGAACAGUAGAAAUGGCUGAAAACAUGUCGGAAAUUGUUGUUCCUACUUGCUCAUAUAGGAUGGGUGUCCAGGAGAUGGGUGUAGGGUUGGCUGUAUUCUCAAAGUCUGGAGAUCUAGUUUACUCCAAUCUCUGGGUUCCAGCGAGGUUCCCCUUGCUCUACCUCUACCUUGCUUCCGUCCUCUCCAUCUUUAUCCUUAUACUUGUCAGCAAAUGUCUUACUUUUAGAAAAACAAGAAGACGACCGCCACCACCGGGAAUAAAUUAUGGAAACUAUGAACUAUUGAAACUUGCAACUCAUGAAAUAUGAAAACUUUCAUCAGAAACUUAGAAAUUUACAUGAGGACGUAAUCGCCUUCCAUAUUGUCUACAAAAUAAGUAUUUUAUGAUCUAGAACCAUAUCCAAACUUUGUUGAAACUUUCACUACGUAACAAAUUUUGUAACAAACAAAAUAAUAUUAAGUAAACGUUAAAUUUUGACCAUGCAUAUUGCAUAAUUUACAUGUGCACUAUGCAGUCUUAAUUAGUAAAAAUUACACUGUACAAGAUUUAUUGUAGUACAGUACAGUACAGUACAAUACAGUACAGUACAGUAAUGAUUUAUAUGUGAUAUAAAAUGUAUUAUUGUUAGAAUCUCGUAUUUCAGAAAAUGCUCACCAGAGCACCAAUGUUAAGGUUGUGUAAAAUUCUGAAAUUUUCAGA